AUGCUGUUCUCGGUACUCGCCUUUGCGGCCCUGAUGCUGCCGACCCAGGCUCUCUACUUUUACAUCGAUGGCCCCUCCCAAAAGUGCUUCUUCGAGGAGCUUCCCAAGGACACACUGGUGGUUGGUCACUACACUGCCACACAAUGGAACGAGCAAAGCCGCAAAUACGAGGCCAACCCUGACAUGGGCCUCUACAUCAGCGUAGACGAAAUCUUUGACAACGACCACCGCAUUGUUUCCCAGCGUGGCAACUCAAAGGGCCGCUUCACCUUCUCCGCCGCCGACUCUGGCGACCACCGCAUCUGCUUCACCCCCACAAACGUUCCCUCUGCCCAAGGCUGGCUCUCAGGCGGCUCUUCUGCCGGAAACAUCAAGCUCGAAGUCGACAUGGCCAUUGGCGAGACCUCCCGCAUCGAGAGCGACGACAAGCACAAACUCAACGACAUUGUCUCCAAAGUCAAGGACUUGAACGCUAGACUUAAUGAUAUCAGAAAGGAGCAGGUCUUCCAGAGAGAGCGCGAGGCUGAAUUCAGAAACAUGUCUGAGCACACUAAUGCUCGUGUUGUGCGUUGGACUUUGGUGCAGUUGGCUAUUCUGGGUGUUACUUGUGCCUGGCAGCUUUCUCACCUUAGAAACUUCUUCAUCAAGCAGAAGCUCACUUAG